AUGUUGGAAGUCCCCUCCUCGAUAGAACCGCUCUACGAGCUCGAGCUCCAAGAGACAGAGGCGAGAAAUGUCGAUAGAUCCCAAGGUUGCGGGAUAGCAAAGCUCAAGAGCAUAGAAGCUUGUAGUGUUGGUGAGAAGAGUAUCAGGUUGGGCCCUUUGGGGACGGUACAGGAUAUGAAGAAGCCAGUUGCUGCUACACAGCUCCACGU